AUGCAUAGACAGGCCGCCUACCCAUACGUCAACCCGGUUCUCGCUACCAAUAGACCCUCGGCUACCUCUGCAGCCGCCUUCUCUGCUUCAGUACAUCCCGCUACCACAAGAUACUCGGGUACCUCCUCAGACUUCUCUGCUUCGGCAAACCGCAACGAUGAACAAACAAGCUCGCAGCUAACGAACACUGAGAGCGGAUUAACACAACAUUUGAGAAUUCUGGUUGGCGACCACCUGGAGCUGGAUGGGACCAAUGGGCCAGAUACCGAUUUACUUCCCUACGAGCAUAUGCAAAUGCUAGGUCAUGGUGGCACAGCAAGCGUUGAGAUGAUCCGCGAUAUCCAUACGGGUUCGGUUUACGCACGAAAGGUCGUCAAGAACGUUUAUUCACGUAACAUGAGAGAAGCCAAGCAAGCGCUUCUCAAUGAAGUCAAGAUUUUGAAGCGCUUAGUUGCACAUCACCAUGUCGUCCGAGUGCAUGCUACCUAUAUUAAAGGAAGAGAGCUUGCCAUGAUCCUUGACCCGGUCGCGGAUGGCGGAGACCUAGCAAGCUUCCUACAAAACUACCGUGACCAAGGCUUUUCCUGGCAUAAAGAUCUUACUAACAAGGAGAAUCUUGCCCAGAACGAUAUUUUGCGCAAAGCUCCUUACUGUUUGGCUUCAGCCCUAGCCUUCAUCCACAAACAGACUAUCCGACACAAAGACAUCAAGCCACAGAACAUAUUGAUCCAUCGGGGGCGCGUCAUGUACACAGAUUUUGGUCUUGCGUACGACUUUGGGGACGCCGGCCGAAGCACAACCACUGGAUACCUACAAGGUAUGACCAGACGAUACUGCGCUCCUGAGGUCAUCGAGUGUGGAAGUCGAAACUCAAAAUCGGAUGUCUUUUCUCUUGGAUGUGUUUUCAUCGAGAUCUACUUAGCCCUGGCGGAUGAUGCUGAGCACGAUCAGAUAUAUCGAGGGCCCUACCAUGAGGCUGUUGACUCUCAUCCAAACGGCAUACCGCUGCCUUGUUGCGCGUCAUUCAAAUCCCGAAUUUUUGCGCUCCUGCGAGCAGCGGUUCCGACGAUGAUGCGGAGAGACCCGAGCUUGAGGCCCUCUGCCUGUGCAGUCGCCAACCUCAUCUUCACUGAUGAGAGCUUCAACAAAAGUCCUGACCUAUGUCUGGAAUGUAGUGAAUUCUCUACCUCGGUCGAUGACAACAAAUUCCUUCGUCUGCUACCCGCCACCAUCUAG